CACAAACACACCUAGCUAAGUUAACAUCUUCCAUGUCCACCACCCACAUAUUGUCUCUGAAGCUCAGGGAGAUGCCUUCUUGAAGUUGUCACGCACUCUGGCUUGAAGAUUCGAAGGCCUUCAAAUUUCCCAUCUCCUGAAGUAGUUUUUGGGUGUUUACGCAAAAUUUAAGCUCUUUUUAAGGGAUGGUGACAUUCGGGAAAACGCUCAGACAGAAACAAAUUCAAGAAUGGCAAGGAUACUACGUUGACUACAAGUUGUUGAAAAGGAAGGUGAAGCGAUAUGUUGAGCAAAUUGAGGUUUCAGCUGAAAAUCCAGAGAAUGUUAUGAAGGACUUUUCCAGGAUUCUGGAUAAGCAGAUUGAAAAGAUUGUCCUCUUUUUAAUGGAACAACAAGGUGAACUUGCAAGAAGAUUAUCCGGUCUUGGGGAGCAGCAUGAUAGUCUUAUACAAGAAGCAGAUGGAAUAAAAGCAUCUGAACUAUUGGAAGCUUACAGAAAUGUAGCAAAUGAUCUCCUAAGACUUCUGUUUUUUGUUGAAAUGAAUGCCAUUGCCCUGCGCAAGAUUUUGAAGAAGUUUGACAAGCGGUUUGGAUAUCAGUUCACUAAUUAUUAUGUUAAAACCCGGGCAAAUCAUCCUUAUUCUCAACUGAGACAAGUCUUCAAGCAUGUGGGCAUUUCAGCAGUGGUUGGCACCAUAUCCCGCAAUAUUGCUGAUCUCCAAGAUCUUCAUGGUUGCUAUACUUCGAUUUAUGAUCAGCCUGGUCUGCUCCCUCUGGACCCUGUCAUUAAAUCUAUUAAAGCAGCAGUAGACCGGCUAAUGGAUUCAACAGAUUUUCUUCAUUACUUGGGAAAGCAUGCAUUUAUCAUUCCAGAUGAAUUAUCAAGUUCUUCAGAGGAUCAUGUGGCUGAUGAUAGAUAUCACUUUCUAUCUCUUCUUUUGAACUUGGCUAACACAUUUUUAUAUAUGGUGAAUACCUACAUAAUUGUCCCAACGGCAGACAACUACUCUAUGAACCUUGGAGCUGCAGCAACAGUUUGUGGGGUUAUAAUUGGAUCCAUGGCUGUUGCACAGGUGUUCUCCUCAGUAUAUUUCAGCGCAUGGUCAAAUAAAUCAUACGUGAAGCCUCUCCUAUUCAGCACCAUUGUUCUUCUGAUUGGAAACACCUUAUACGCCCUGGCUUUUGAUCUAAACUCUAUAUAUGUACUUCUAGUUGGGAGAUUGUUUUGUGGGUUGGGUUCUGCUAGAGCCAUUAACAGGCGUUACAUUAGUGAUUGUGUCCCUCGUAAUUUGCGGAUGAAGGCUUCUGCUGCCUUCGUCUGUGCUAGUGCACUUGGAAUGGCAUGUGGACCUGCCCUUGCUUGUUUACUCCAAACCAAUUUUAAGAUGUUCAAAUUAACAUUCAAUGAAGUCACGCUACCAGGAUGGGUUAUGGCAUUUGCAUGGCUUCUGUAUCUGUUUUGGUUAUGGAUAUUCUUUCAAGAGCCCUCAAAUGAAAAUAAGGAGAAUAAGAGUACUGCACAACAGACGAUGCGAAGUGAGAAUAUAUUCAUAGAGAACAGUGUUGCUCAGCCAUUGAUUUUAAGCUUGGAAGAAACGCAAGAAGAUGAAGACCGUGAAUUUGAUGUUUCAGAGGAAGCUGCUGAAGAAAGUCGCAAACCCGUCACUUCCCUGAUGUCUGCAUACAAGUUGCUAACUCCAUCUGUAAAGGUUCAACUAUUUAUAUACUUCAUGCUCAAGUAUGCGAUGGAAAUUUUACUGGCUGAAUCAAGCGUCGUCACAACAUACUACUUCAUAUGGUCUUCAAGCAAGGUGGCAAUUUUCCUGGCAUGUCUUGGAUUAACAGUUCUUCCGGUGAACAUAUUCGUUGGAAGCUAUCUCAGCAAUAUAUUGGAAGAAAGGCAAGUUUUACUCGCAUCAGAAGUUAUGGUAUGCUUGGGGAUAUUAUUUAGCUUCAAUGUGACGAAUCCUUACUCUAUUCCUCAAUAUGUCUGCUCAGCCCUUGUCACAUUUGUAUCAGCUGAAGUUCUUGAAGGUGUUAAUCUAUCUCUACUGUCUCGAGUUAUGUCAUCUCGGCUUUCAAAAGGGACCUAUAAUGGUGGACUUCUAUCAACAGAAGCUGGGACUCUAGCGCGAGUAAUCGCAGAUGGUACAAUAACCCUGGCGGGUUACUGGGGAAUGAGUAGGCUAUUGAAUAUCACCCUACUUCCUUCCCUUGCAAUUUGCAUUUGCUCAAUCAUAGGCACCUGCUUUACUUACAACUCUCUGUACUGAUCAUCAAUCAGCAUAUACGUAUAUAGAGGAUAACAAUAAUAUAUGCACCUAUAACCAAACUUGUAAAUGAACAAUUAUUACUGCAGGUCAAUGUAAUAUAGCUUCUAAGCCCCUUGUGGGCUUCUCCCUUGCUGCAGAACAUCGUUGGAAAUUAUGUUCCAGGCAUGUAAAGUAAGAAACAACUUCAUAUCAAAAAAAAAAAAAAAUUGAAA